GUCCGCGCCACAGAUCAGACGCAGCGCAGUGUGAUUCGUGAGAGCUGAGGCGACGAGAGAUACGUCCAAAAUUGAGCGGUAUUCGCGUUAAUGUAACGCCAGUUCAUUUCUCUUUGCUGUCCAUCAAGUGGACGAGUGUCACCCAGGAUUAUACCCAAUUGAGGAUUGUAUUUAUUUGAGCGCUGGAUUGACUUUUUUUUCUUGGUCCGCGUUUUCCCGGAGACGCUGCGCUGCAUCGGAUCUAACGGAUCUACCGUUAACCUUCUCCUCAUCUCUGUGUGCCUUCGGUUAGCAGAACAGCUUGUCUUCUGAGAGCCUUUUCUCUAUAAAUUGGACUAUUGCAACAACAACAAAAAAAAACAAAACAAAACCCAGACCUUAUAUUAUAGCAAAGGAUUCCUUUUUCACUCCCACCUCAUGCGCUGAAAAUAUGCUGCUGUCAAAGUUUGGCUCUUUUUCUCACAUCUGCAGCCCGAAUAGCGUGGACCAUUUACCGGUGAAAAUUCAGAUUCAGCCAGUGAAAGUGGAGUCAGAGCCGUUUGAGAAGGUCUAUCAGGUGGGCUCCGUGUUGGGAAGCGGGGGAUUUGGGACGGUUUACGCUGGCAGUCGGAUUUCUGACGGGUUACCGGUCGCAGUUAAACAUGUUGCAAAGGAGAGAGUCACAGAAUGGGGCUCCAUUAAUGGUGUGAUGGUGCCUCUGGAAAUCGUGCUGCUGAAAAAAGUAGGCUCCAACUUUCGAGGAGUCAUAAAGCUGCUGGACUGGUACGAGAGGCCGGAUGGCUGGCUGAUCGUCAUGGAGAGGCCGGAGCUGGUCAAAGACUUGUUUGACUUCAUCACAGAGAAGGGCGCUCUGGAUGAGGGCACAGCACGGGGCUUUUUCCGCCAGGUGUUGGAGGCGGUUCGGCACUGCUACAGCUGCGGCGUCGUGCACAGAGACAUCAAAGAUGAGAACCUGCUAGUGGACCUGCGCACCGGAGAACUCAAGCUGAUUGAUUUUGGCUCGGGGGCAAUUCUCAAGGACACGGUGUACACCGAUUUUGACGGUACGAGAGUGUACAGCCCGCCAGAGUGGAUACGUUUCCAUAGAUACCAUGGCCGCUCAGCCACUGUCUGGUCACUAGGGGUGCUGCUGUAUGACAUGGUGUGUGGAGACAUUCCCUUUGAGCAGGAUGAAGAGAUCCUCAGAGGACGACUCUAUUUCAGACGCAGAAUCUCAGCAGAGUGCCAGCAGUUGAUUAAGUGGUGUUUGUCCCUGAGGCCAUCAGACAGACCAACUCUGGAGCAGAUCUUUGAGCAUCCAUGGAUGCGUCACGCCGAAGCAUCCAAGACGGAGGAGGGUGACAUCCGGCUAUGUAACAUCAGUACAGACACUUCCAGCAUGAGCUCCAGCAAGGAGAGCCUCUGAAAGAAAGAACGUCUUGCUCUGAAAAAGAGCUGGGACUCAAUGGACUCUUGGUCUGCAUCCCUGCCUUGUCAGGCUUGCAGAUUCCUUUUUUCUUCUUUUGUAGGGAAUCAUAAUUUAUUACAGUUUGCUUUUCCUUUCAAUCUUUUUAUUUUAUUAUUAUUAUUAUUUUCUUUUUUUUUUCUUUUUUUACAAUUCAUAAAAUUUGUUUCCUGGUGGGGAACAUUUGCUGUUUGGGCGGACUUACCAGCACUUAUUAUUAUUGUUGUUGUUGUUAUUAUUAUUAUUAUUAUUAUUAUUAUUAUUAUUAUUAUUAUUUUAUUGUUACAAGGCUGGUUUAUGCAUCUGGCAAGCCUCCUACACAGAUGUGGCUGCUCUCAUAGAGCUUGGACAACUUUUUAUUUAAAUGUUUUAAUUUUUGAUUUGGAGUGCCUUUUUGAAAGCUGCUGUUUCGGGGCUUUCAUUGUUGCUUUUGUUGUUUUGUUUGAAAGUUUCCCUUGAGCUGGUUCGAAGGUUACGUGGUGUUUGGUGAUCAACCAUUGCACAUAAACCUCCAGCCAGUUCAGGGGUCUUACAGUGGGGAGGGAUUGACCGAUACUUGAAACGCGCACACCCACCGCGUCUCUUUCUAACGCUGCUCAGUCACAUAGCCUAUAUAGGUUGUCUAGAAAAAGAAAAAAAACUGUUCUUUUUUUUUUUUUUUUUCUUUCUCUGAAUGUGUAUAGAGAUUUGGUAUAACCGCUGUACCUUCUGAGGGUCUGGAAUGCUCCUUCCCCUCAGCUUACUCUACUCUUCUGCUCCUCAUCCCACUGCUGAAACUACAUUAGUCUGUCUCCUGGGUUUUGGGGGACCUGGGUGUGAAAAUGCACAAUCAAUGCAAUAUUCAUGAAUCCUUUUUUCCCCCUCUUCUUUUUUUAUUUAUUUUUUUUUUUUUUAAAGACAAACUUGUACAGUUUUUUUUUUUUUUUUUUUUUUUUUUUUUUUUUUGUACAGUUUUCUUCUUUACAUUUAAUUUAUUUGUAUCGUAGACAUUCCACUCUGUGGCUAUUUAUUUUUUAUUUAUUGUUCUGCUUAAAAUUUGCAUAUCUUUAUAUGGCCUUUUGUUUGCAUUCCUGAUGUCUUUUUUUUUUUUUUUUUUUUUUUUUUUUUUUUUUUUUACAUUUGGACAAGAGAUGGUGGAGGCACUGAAGCUGUUGUCAAUGUAAAAAGGAAUAAAAACAAGAUUUACUUAAAUUGAAAGAGCGAUGAAUGUUAUUUAAAUUCUCUUGGUUGGUUGUCAUUUGAAAUCAAAAGUCCAUUUAAUGUUUUUUGGUCUAUGUAAUCUCCCUAUAACAGAUGGAAGUGUUUUGCAGAAUUGCGAUGGGAUGAGGCUACACCUAUCACAGGCUACACAGCCUUGUGUUAGAUAUUCUCUAUAAUAAAAGUUGCAAUGGAACCCUAAUGGAAAUCCUAUUUUUAUACAAGAACAUUUCAAUUAAACUUUCAUUUGUACAGAA